AUGACGAGAAAAAAGCAGAAGAAAGAUAAAAAAGCGGCUGCCGCCGCGGCCGCACUGAAUAAUGAGCAAAAAGAGAAGGAGGAUGAUUUGGAUAUGUUGGAAGACAUAAAACGUGAUGAGGAUUUGUAUAUUUCGGAAAGCGAUGUGACCAACAUUUCGAAUUUCAUCCGAACCACCAACAAAUCGUUCGCCUCUCUCGGCAACACGGUCGUCGAAAAAUUCAACAAUCGCUGCUCUCUAGCCAUUCUUCACGCCCUCACAGCCCUCUUCGAUCUCGAUUCGACAGACCGUGAUGACGUCAUCCGUCGUCUAAAUAUCAUCUAUAUCGUAUGGCGUCUUCCAGAACUAGAACAAGAACUCCGUCUGAAACCGACGAAAUCGAUGAGCGACGUCUAUUCUCAUCCAUUCGCCACGUUUCUUUUCUACGCCGAACAGUUGGAAAAACACAAAUUAGAAUCGAUUCUUGCGCGGAUUAUUGUCACUAAUAAUGUUAGUGUUAUGGAGAAAUUGACGGCACCGGAUUUUAUGCAAAAAGCGGAAAGUUUGGAUAUUUAUAAGGUCGAUCGGUUGGGAUUUGAGAAAUGGACAGAGGCGAAUACAGAUCAUUGGCCAGAGAUCACUGAAGAGAUGGUCUCCUUGUCAAAGGCGAUGAGAGAGAUGGGAACUGAACGAAAAGACUACGAAGCGGGAAUGGCCGAAGCAUUCUAUCCACUCGUCCACAAUCCACCAACAAUGCUUCCCCCUCGAAUGCCUCCUCUCGAUGCGGAAGAUCCACUCGUCAAAGCGUAUCGACAGAAGAAAGAUCCACAGAAUGAAGAUGCGGUUCGAGUCGUCUAUUCGGUAUCUGCUGGAACCGAUAUGCAAGAGAAAUUGAGACAAGCUUUCAUUGAUUUGGAGCCAACUAUCGAGGAGUAUCAAGCAGAGAUUUUCAGUGGAAUGACACAAGCUGAAUUAGACGAAGCGCAACGAGUGAUCACAUUCAACGAAACGAUGGCCGAAUCAUCGGAUUCCGACGACGGACCGAUCGAAAUCGACUCGGAUUCAGAAGCGGAAGCCGAAUCGGAAUUCAGAAAUAUGACACAAACUGUGAAUUAUGAGUUGAAUGAUAAGACACUCGAAGGGUGUGUCGAUCGAGUUUUGGCUGGAACUGGAUUGACCACCUCAAAAUCGGAAACUCUCGCCUCAUUCGUUCGAAAGACCAACAUGUCUCAUCCCCAAUACCAACGACUCCUUCAGUGCUCUGAAAGCGAUGAAAAUGUGAUAAUGAUGUGUCGAACGAAUGUGAAAGUGGCCGGAGCAUUUAUGGUUCGAAACGCGCUCAGCGAUCCAAAUUCGUUUGAAAUUUUCAAGAGAUAUCUCCACAUCGCUGAACAACUCAAUUCGAUAGUUCACGCACUAGAAUGUGUACUGAAACUGUCGAAAGAGUUCGCAACGAGUAAUCGUCUCUCGGAUAAACAUCGUGAUUGUGUCAUCGGUUACAUUCAUCACACAAUAAAAUCGAUCGAAGAGACGGAAAGUCCACCCGCAAGAUCGAUUCGACUCGUCGCAAUGCUCGUACGGAAGCUGAUAUGUGAGGGAGUUCUUACUGUAGAGCAAGUGACCGCAGACAUCCGGGCGUUUUGUCUGAAACACACUGAAAAUCGCGAGUGCACCGCCCUCUACAAAAUGUUGACCGGCGAGAAAUCCGAGGAGACGACGACGUCGACGAAAGUGGACACACAGAAUCAGCUGACGACUACAACGACGACGACGACGAACGUCGCCACGAAUGCGACGUCGACGACGACGACGACUACUGUAGUGAAGCAUUGUGGACCCGCUGUCAUUAAGCAGACGUCGAGAAAAGUCGUCUUGCAGAUAGACAGAUUCCUGGUGACAUCUGGAACAACAUACGGUAGAAAGGGACGUGGGCCAAAUCCCUUUAUUCUGAGCCAUCAGACAUCCGGACAUACAGAUGAACAGAUAGAUAGAUAUGAACUGGUCAUCCAGACAGACAGACAUGAUAACAGUAUCGCUAUCACUUCUACCGCUAUCACAUAUAUCCCUAACCUGAUCGCUAUCACCUCUAUCGCUAUCCCUGUAUCUCGCUACCAACAUCUAUCGGUAUCCCUGAAUCUCGCUAUCACCUCUAUCGCUAUUACCUCUAUAGCUAUCCCUGAAUCUCGCUACCAACAUCUAUCGGUAUCCCUGAAUCUCGCUAUCACCUCUAUCGCUAUUACCUCUAUAGCUAUCCCUGAAUCUCGCUACCAACAUCUAUCGGUAUCCCUGAAUCUCGCUAUCACCUCUAUCGCUAUUACCUCUAUAGCUAUCCCUGAAUCUCGCUACCAACAUCUAUCGGUAUCCCUGAAUCUCGCUAUCACCUCUAUCGCUAUUACCUCUAUAGCUAUCCCUGUAUCUCGCUACCAACAUCUAUCGGUAUCCCUGAAUCUCGCUAUCACCUCUAUCGCUAUUACCUCUAUAGCUAUCCCUGAAUCUCGCUACCAACAUCUAUCGGUAUCCCUGAAUCUCGCUAUCACCUCUAUCGCUAUUACCUCUAUAGCUAUCCCUGAAUCUCGCUACCAACAUCUAUCGGUAUCCCUGAAUCUCGCUAUCACCUCUAUCGCUAUUACCUCUAUAGCUAUCCCUGAAUCUCGCUACCAACAUCUAUCGGUAUCCCUGAAUCUCGCUAUCACCUCUAUCGCUAUUACCUCUAUAGCUAUCCCUGAAUCUCGCUACCAACAUCUAUCGGUAUCCCUGAAUCUCGCUAUCACCUCUAUCGCUAUCACCUCUAUCGCUAUUACCUCUAUAGCUAUCCCUGAAUCUCGCUACCAACAUCUAUCGGUAUCCCUGAAUCUCGCUAUCACCUCUAUCGCUAUCACCUCUAUCGCUAUCCCUGAAUCUCGCUACCAACAUCUAUCGGUAUCCCUGAAUCUCGCUAUCACCUCUAUCGCUAUCACCUCUAUCGCUAUUCCUGAAUCUCGCUAUCACUUCUUCUUGCAUGCACCCCACUCACUCUCUCACCCUCCUCGUCUCCAAAACGCCACAAUCCCAUUUCAGUUUCAGACAAACGCCUUCAAAAACCUGGGUAGUCUCCGUAAACAAGCGACCGCCUUCUUCCGUCGUGAAUCCUCGUCCCGCCCAUCGACUCAAUCCGCUCCAUCCUCACCGUCACCACGUGGAUCGGAGGGACCGCCCCCGUCGACAUAA